GACACAAUGAAGCUAUUCGAGAAGUUUAAACACAUUUAUUUGAAAAUUAUUGAUUAUUGUAUGCAAAGGCCGAAACGGAUUGUUAGGCUUGUGGUACUUGCUGGAUGUUGCAUCAUUGUUUUCUUUCAGUUAUGGGAAUGUGUUAGUAAGCUUUUAAAGCCGCCGGUAUCAACACACAGCAAUUUUGAACUAAAUGAAACCAUGCACUAUCCAGCAAUCACAUUCUGCAGAAAUCCACCAUUCAAGAAAGACAUCAUGGCUGACUACAACUUAUCAUACCAUCCAACACUAACUUCAGGCUGGAAAAACUUUCCAUUUCACAAAAAAACGCUAGCAGAUGUUUAUGAGCAGGCAACUUACAGCAGCGAAGAAUUUUUCCGUUCAUUUUCACUUGAAAAAAAUUCAUCAAAUAUUAAAAUUGUGAUGUCUUUGCAUUUCACUUAUGGACGAUGCUAUACUGUAAUUCCACUUGUGACCACUAAGAUGCCGUGGAAAGAUUCUGGAUAUUCAAUUAGAUUGCUCAAUGGACAAACUCAAAAAGAAUUCGACACAGCUAUGAGCGGAGAUGAAGGAUGGAACAUGUUUCUGCACAUGCCGAUAGAAGAAUUCACGGAAUAUGGAAUAUCGUCAUCUGGUCGAAUUGAGAAUUUAUAUGUGGAAUUUAAUGAAGAAAUUGAAUUGAAAAUGUCAGUGGCUCACUAUACAUACUUUAGAGGACGUGGAACAAAAUGCUCGGAUGAUCACCUUAAAAGCACAUCAGUUUGCAUAGAAAAUUGUAUUUGGCGACACAUUGAAGAAAAAGUCAACUGUUCAGGUCCAUGGAUGAAGCAUGCGGAAUUUCCAUAUUGUGACAACUAUGAAUCGAUUAAAAAUCUCAUCAAUGAAUAUGACAACAUGAUCAAUUCGUACGGAAAUGAGGAUUCUUGUGAAUGCUUAAAGCCUUGUGACACAUCAAUUUAUUCUUCAUUUGUUAUGAAUCGAAAGUCACUAGAAGGAUUGGGAUCUUCACAGAUUUAUGUCUACUAUACAUCUAAAAUGGUCACAAAACUCUCUGAAAAAUCCGGAUAUGAUUCAACGCAGUUCCUAGCUGACAUGGGAGGAUCUCUUGGAUUUUUAUUAGGCUUAUCAGUCAUUGGAUUCAUAAUAAUUUUAGAAAAAUUCCUUGGCUACAUGUUCCUUGAUAAAAUGGUCGAGAAAUAUCUGAAAAAGAAGAAUGAAGCGGAACAGAUGUCCAAGAAAGAAUCUGAAGGUGUAAAGGAAGGAAAAUUUUUGGAUAUGUAAUAAAUCAUCCGAGCUUAUUAAUUGUUUAUACUUUUAUAUUUUAUUAAACAUGAAUAAUAAAUGUAUUUUAUGUGUACCGC